AUGGUGAUGACACAUACACUAUACCCAGUUCCAACCUUUGUCCUUUUUACUUUUUUUCUGUCAGAUAAACCUCUAUGAUUAUGCAUUGGGGUGGGUGAAUGGCGUUUGGUGUUUUGGAGAAUGGGUUGUCAGUUGGUCGGAUAACAUCUAACGGAUGGAUAGGCAAAAGUCUGGCGAGAUGCUUUUCUUUUCCCUCCUUUUUGUUUUUUCUUUUCUUAUUCUUGAUUCGAGUCAUUCAAACAGUGUCCUGUCAAAUCUCGUGCCUGCUGCUGUCAUUGCGGCGUGAUGUCUUCACUCCAUUCUCUGCUUUCUUUUCCGUUUCUUUUGCGCUGUAGUCUGGAUGCUACUCGUUCGUCCGGGAGCACAAAGAGUA